GCGUCCCGCAGGGAUGUCGGGGACCCGCUGCCAGGCGCUGUACCCCUUCUCCGGGGAGCGGCACCGGCAGGGGCUGCGCUUCGCGGCGGGCGAGCUGAUCACGGUGCUGCAGGUGCCAGACGGCGGCUGGUGGGAAGGGCAGAAGGAGGACGGGCUGCGCGGAUGGUUCCCGGCCAGCUACGUCCAGCUGCUGGAGCAGAAACCCAGAAAGGCAACUCCUCAGCCAGGAGAAGACACCUUGAACGGGCACCUUCCCCCAGGCUGGCAGAGCUACAUGUCUCCCCAGGGUCGCAGGUACUACGUGAACACCUUCACAAAUGAAACGACGUGGGAGCGGCCGAGCAGUGUGCCAGGCACUCCCAAGAGCCCUGUGUCACAGAAGAGUUCUGCAGUGAAUGGCUACUAUGUCUCUGGGUCCCCUGUGCACCAGCUCGACUCGGGUCACACGAGCCUCCGAAAACCCAGUGGGGACCCCCAGAGCCCGGGCUCCCCGGCGGCGCCGCGGCGGCAGAGCAAGGAGAGCAGCCUGACGAUCAACUGUGUGACUUUCCCCCACCCUGACGUAAUGCCAGAGCAGCAGUUGCUGAAACCUUCAGAGUGGAGCUACUGUGAUUAUUUCUGGGCAGACAAGAAGGACUCACAAGGGAACAACACAGUGUCGGGAUUUGAAAUUCUUCUUCAAAAGCAGCUUAAAGGGAAACAAAUGCAGAAAGAAAUGGCAGAGUUUGUUCGAGAAAGGAUAAAGAUUGAGGAGGAAUAUGCUAAGAACCUGUCCAAACUGUCUCAGAAUUCCUUGGCUGCUCAGGAAGAAGGCACACUGGGAGAAGCUUGGGCUCAGCUCAAGAAGAGUUUAGCUGAUGAAGCAGAGGUUCAUCUCAAAUUUUCUUCUAAGCUCCAGAGCGAGGUGGAGAAGCCCCUGCUGAACUUCAGAGAGAACUUCAAGAAGGACAUGAAGAAGUGUGACCACCACAUCGCGGACCUGCGGAAGCACCUGGCCAGCCGCUACACGGCUGUGGAGAAGGCCCGGAAAGCCUUGACAGAGAGGCAGAAGGAUCUGGAAAUGAAAACACAGCAGCUAGAGGUGAAACUCAGCAACAAGACAGAAGAGGAAAUCAAGAAGGCCAGACGGAAGUCCACCCAGGCAGGGGAUGACCUGAUGCGCUGUGUGGAUCUUUACAAUCAAGCCCAGUCCAAGUGGUUUGAGGAGAUGGUGACCACCACUCUGGAGCUUGAGAGACUAGAAGUUGAAAGGGUGGAGAUGAUUCGGCAGCAUCUGUGCCAGUACACACAGCUGCGGCACGAGACAGACAUGUUCAACCAAAGUACAGUAGAACUUGUGGAUCAGUUGCUUCGGAAAGUGGAUCCUGCCAAAGACAGGGAACUGUGGGUAAAAGAACACAAAACUGGAGAUAUCCGACCUGUGGACAUGGAAAUAUAGACUGAUCUGUGGUUGGAUGUGAUGAGUCCACUGAAUUAAGCAGGCUAACGUUUGUUUUUAAGGGUCAGAAGAGCAUAGGGAAAAGGUUGUUUCACUACCAGACAGACACCUUGUAAUUUAUGCCUGUAUGGGCUAUCUCUGUUCCAUUUAGUCAUUACAAUGGUCCUCGUUGUGCUAAGCCUUAAGCACCAGACAUUCCAGGGUGAAAAAAAAUCAGAUGUGUGCUUCCCACCAGAGGUUCCCAAUUGCACGCAGCUUCCAGGAGAAAUCUGCUUCCUGGCACAGAACGUGCCCUGUUCUCCAGUGACUUUGUGCUCCACCCCUUGCAUGAUUAUCUCUAUCCAGUAUGUUAGAACAGCAGGCAGAGAGCCUCUGGCCAGCAGGGAGAUAACUGAAUAUGAUGCAGGAGGCAAGGAAGUCCUGAUCACCAAUCCCAGGUCUGUCACUGACUGCUCUCAUGGCCAUAGGCAAAUCCAAUUCACUUUCCUGGCUCCCCCAUUUAUAAAAUCUGUGGGUCCUGCAGCAAUGUUGUGUGGAUGCAUUGCUUUCAUAGAACAGUCUUUCACCAUGGCAGUGAAGUGAUGGCCCUUCUCCCAAAAUCUAUGGAGAGGAUUCAUGUUCUUCCUGUUUUAUACUCCCUCUCAGGGAUACAUAAACCCAUUUUCACGAUUUCUGUUGUCGGCCAGUCGGUAAGUUUGAAAGUGUUACCAUCACAGUUUUUAAUCAGGAAAGACUUGGUUGUACUAUACCUACCUCAUUAGCUGUCAGAGUGCCCUCAAUGACAGAAGGAGGUCGUAUUCCAAGGAAUAAAUGAGAUGUUUAAAAUUUUUCCUGCUCAUGCAAGGUGUUUUUCCACAGAAUCUCCUUAAAAACAGUCCUCAAAUAGUUUACUUGGCAUUCAGGUUUAAAUUUGCUUUGUUGGUUUCUUCAGGUGAAUAUCACAGACUUUAGGUAUUUUUAAUUACUGGGCUUGUCCCAUUAAAUUUUGGCUUUUAUCUUUUUGGAGCCUGAUUUUCAAAGGUGCCAUGAAUAUGUGAUGCUAGAUUGCAUUCAGUGUAGAUGUAGGUGCCCAGCACUUCUGUACCAUGUGAGUUUUUUCUGUUACCCUUAACUGCAAACCACCAAAAAUUCAACACAACUCUUAGCAAAUAGUGUUGUGUAGUUUGGAGACUGGUUUUGAAAAGGUAUUUAUUUUCUUCUGCUGUUAUUUCUGAUGGAGUAUUCAGUGUUGCUGUUAAUAUAUUUUUUCAGCAUUUCAUACAAUGCAAAGGUUCUUCAGAUUCUUGCUUUAGAUCCAGGAGAAAUCUUGAUUCUCACCACUGUGGCCUUUACUCAGUGUUUACUGUGGUCUUAGCUACAAUAUCCCAAACCACACUAUUUCAUUUGAUCCACACUUCUGCUCCAUUUUAUCUCACUGUUACUGUCUUUUUCUCCCCAGCCCCAGAACUGCAUCCUUCUUUUGUUCUACUGCUAUUCCAGAUUUUUGUUCACCAUCCUCCAAAUGCUGGGAUUGGAUCAUUGGGAGUCAAUAUUCCUCUUUACAAAUACAAACUGAGACACAGAAAAGUCUUACCUGGAGCAUGUUUGUAACAUUGCUGCAGCGGUUAUUUUUCUGGUUUAUUAUUUCUAAAUUAUUAUUGCAUUUUUCUAUUGGUCGCUUUGUUCCAUCCAUCUCUUUACUAGCACAGGUUCAUUCCUGUCUUGCAAAUUCCUUCACAACCCAUCCUCUGCUGCCUCACCAACCUUUCCAAACCCUCAGCAUCCUUUUGGCAGUGGGAGUGCCAUGGCUGCUGCAUGCUCAGGGUCACUGCUCCUGGUGUGACAUUUCUGUGCUGCUCUCCUUCUGCACAUUUGGGAAUUUGGACUCUAUUGGACUCUCUUUGGACUCUUUUGGGCUCUGUUCUUGGUGUUGGCAGAGCUCACUGUGCUGUGAGCCUCUCCUAAGCUCCUGCACAGAGCACUGCAGCACCAGCUGAAGGGUUUGGUUUGCUGAGUGUCCUCCCUGGAAUCCUCUUCUCCUUCCUUUUUCCCUCAAGCAGGGCAAUUGAUGAUCUCUCCUUUUUAGUUUUUCUACUGAUUCACUCUGUCUUAUUAAUUUUUGGCCAUAUCAGUGUGUGCUUCUAACUCUUACCUUGCACUUCAGAGGACAGGCACUUUUUUAUUUGUUAAGCCACAAGUGCAGGUUGAACUUGGAAAACUUCAGUGGCCAAAAUAAUGUGAAUACAUGAAAGCUGCAUUUCAGGUUUCCCCCUGUUCUUGGCUGUAUUGUAAAUUGAAAUGAGCAAUCUUGACAAUGCCUCAGCACAUUCUUGUUUGGAUUGCAAAACAAAGCUAGUUGUGCACUUUAUACAGUAUUCUCCUUAAUAAAUACCUGAAAUAAGUUAGAAAUUACACUUUAUUUUUCCUCUGUCUUUAAAGAUGUUUGUUACUUUACCUCUUUUGGACUGGAAAUGCUGUCCAUUAGCACAGGUUUAUCUGGGGACUGUAAUGUGUUUUGGUUCCUCUGCUAAGGUGUAUUUAUGCUGCUCUGAAUUCUUAGUUGGAGGGUUUGUUGUUUUUGGUUGGUUGGGUUUUGUUGUUUUUUUUGCGGGGGGGUUGGUUUUGGGUUUUUUUCCCUUUUGGUUUUAUUUCCAGAUAGUUUUCCUGCUUCUAGUUGUUGUUUUUGUUUUUAUUUUUUUUUCUUUUGGUUUUAUUUCUAGACAGUUUUCCUGCUUCUAGUUCUUGGUCCACUUGAAAUGUUUCAGGGGUGUGAGCUGCCCAGAACAGCAAUUCUCUUGGUGGAGUCUGUAUCUCGUUUUCACUUCCAUGAGCAGAGGAGAGCACAGGUACGUGGCUGUUGAUCAUUCCCAGCCCCAGGAGACUCUGGGUUCUGCUCCACAGGUGAGAUGCUUCACCCACAACACUCCCAUCUGUGUUCAGUGCAAGUUUUGCUGUUGCUUAUCAACAUUUUCCAGCUCAUUUCUUUCAAAAUACAAUAUUCCCUCUUGAUGUGACCUGCAGAUCAGAGUUCCCUGGCCCAUUCCCUUUUCUCACUGAUGGAUUUUGGAUAGUGAUGCCUUCCAGGUCAGGGCAUGCUGGAGUUCCCUUGCUUCUAACAGGCAGCAUCUUCAGAGAGGGUAGUGUCACAUUGAAAGGAACAGGGGUUCCUGCUCUCACAGGGAACUUUGGGAGUUUCAGCAUUGCUCUGUCUUCUACUGGGUUUCAAAAAUGCAACGGAGUCUGUCUUCAUGCUCAUCCUAAACAGCUGCUUCUCCAGAGCAAACUCAGUGUUUUAUUGGAAUUCCAGCAUGUGUGGAUGGUGCAUGAUGCUGCUGCUGCAGUGUAGCUGAGCAAUGGAAUGCCAAAGGAAGUCUCUUGCCUCCAGCACUGAGCUCGGGCAUCAUCUCACUUCAGCUGGCACCUCGCACUCCUGGUGUGAGCUUUGGCUGGUUGAGUCACUGUGGGGAUCAGAUUGGCAGGGUUAUCUCACAUCUCUGCAUGCUCUGAGGUCACAGCUAGGUCAGCUCUCAGCUAACACUGUUUGCUUUCACUGCCAGAGGUAGAAAAGGGGGAAUUUCUCUCUGAUCCUUAGCAGGUAGCUCUGCUUGCCCAGAUCUGUUAGGCCACCCAUGUUUUGGGAGUGCUGCCACAUCUGUGAUCUCCCUCUUGGUCUGAGUGAUGCUGUCACACUCUUGUCUGUACUGGAGGGUUCUCUGGCAUUUUCCAUUUCAGCCAGAGCCUUUUGGCCCUACUCUGGGCUUCCUGAACCCCAUGGCUUCAGAUCAGUGCCAGAGCUGGUGAGGUGCUUUUCCAGCUGUACCCUCAGCUCCCAUGCAGAAUAAGAACUUUUUAUUCAUCAUCCAGACCCUCCUGCUUGUGUCUCCAAAGCACAGUUGAACAUCUUCAAGGUAUUCUUUCAGCUUUUUUCCUGCCAGAACUCAUUCUGGAUCCAGUGCUGUUGGCUGAUUCCUGCGGGAGUUGAUGAGCUGAGAGCAGUAUUUUACCACAUGGGUCAAAUGCACUCUUCUCCCAUUAACAGCAAGAUUCCAGUUUCUUUCUUGGAGCAAUAUCCCAAAAAGGCCUAAUUCUCAGUUUGCCAACCUGCUCCAGGUUCAGUCAUCUCUGUAACUCACACCUGUUCAUCACUUCUAUGGGUUGGACAUCUUCUGAAAGACUUUGGUUGCUCCCUUAUAGGGACAUUAGUUCAUUAUUGGACGCUGGAACUGUAGAAGAUAGCUUUAAUUUUUUUUAAAUUUUAAAAUGCUGUAACAGCAGUGAAAAUUACACAGAAAUCCCUGAUAUGUUUCUAGACUGCCUUUCCCCCUGUGCAGUCACUUCUGAGCUGCUGGGGGGCAGCUGUGCUCCCCCUUAUUGCACAGAUAAACACUGAAAUCACACUUGAGUGCCUGACAGGCAGCAUGCAACCUUGUGCACUGCUUCUUUUUCCCUUUAUGCAGCUUUUUUUUUUUUUUUUUUUUUUAAUUUUGUUGGAUUGGGGUUUUUUCUUUUCCCCUAAUAGGAAUUUUCUGUGGGGCAUUCACAGGAAACUUCUUUAUGCUUGUAGCAGUUGUAGUUUCUCAGGCUUUGUUAGAACUUCCUGGAAUUGUCCUUGUUUUUAAAGUCAUUAUUUAGUAUUGACUGCAAGUUAGGCUUCUUAUUUAGAACUGGGCAUUCUUCACCUGUUCUUUGGAAGUGCUCAGCACUCAGAGAUUUCUUGGAAUACAGCAGGGAGCUAAGAGGUAAGACUCUUUGAAAAUCAGGCUAACAAACAGAAAUGCACAAGCCUCUUUUUUCCUUACUUAUACUCAAGUACAUGGAUAAAGUAAAUAAUAAGAAAUGAGAAAUAAUUAACGUGUAGCUGCUCUCUGUGCAGCUGCUGUAGUGGUUUUGUGUGGGGCUGCAGGCAGAACACACCUCUGGGGUCUGGACCCACAGAUGAUCAGCUGUAAAAGCUCAAAUCCAUAAUUCAGUGACCAAGUGGCUCUGCCCAUCCAUUUCUUCAUCACACACAGGGACAGAAAGGGCACUGCUUACCCAGGUGGGUCCUUCACUACCAAGCACCUUAAGAAAUCCAGACAAGCACUUUGAAGGUCCCCCUGGAAUGAGUAGAUGUGGCUUCUUGAUGUGGUUAUUGGAUGUUUCCUUCUGAACUGAAAGCAGAUUUAGUGUUCCACAGCAUCUCCUGUGCUCUGUCCACUAGUGCAGCCUGCUGGGUCUGCUCCCAGAGAUGGAGCAGUGUCCUGAGGGCAGUCCUGCUCACCCUGACAAUUACAUCUUCAAAAGGCAGUGUCAAAAAGGCAGUUUUCAAAAUAAUGAGCUUUUCAGUUGACAGCCCUCUCUGGAAAGCCUGCAGGCUGUUUGCUCCCCAGUGUGUGUUGAAAUAGCAGAGUGCUGGGGCAGAGGUUGCUGGAGCAUUGGCUCUGGGGAGUUGCUGCUGUGUGGACAUUGCUGCCAUCCUCUCCCAGGGAUGGGGAGCAGCCACAGGCAUCCAGAGGAGCCUGCUGGUCUCAUCUGUCUUAACCAGGUGGGCAGGAGCCACAGAUAAAUUCAGAUUAGAGCAGGAAAUGCUUACCUCAGUGGCAUCUCUCUCAGACCCUGAUGGGCACUGAGUGAUGAUGAUGAAUUCAGAUUAAAGCAGAAACACAGGGCAGGAGGAUGGGUACCUCAGUGGCAUCUCUCAGACCCUGAUGGGCACUGAGAAGUGAUGAUAAAUUCAGAUUAAAACAGAUACAUAGGGCAGGAGGAUGGGUACCUCAGUGGUAUCUCUCUCAGACCCUGAUGGGCACUGAGUGAUGAUGAUAAAUUCAGAUUAAAGCAGACACAGGGCAGGAGGAUGGGUACCUCAGUGGCAUCUCUCAGACCCUGAUGGGCACUGAGUGAUGAUGAUAAAUUCAGAUUAAAGCAGACACAGGGCAGCAGGAUGGGUACCUCAGUGGCAUCUCUCAGACCCUGAUGGGCACUGAGUGAUGAUGAUAAAUUCAGAUUAAAGCAGACACAGGGCAGCGGGAUGGGUACCUCAGUGGCAUCUCUCAGACCCUGAUGGGCACUGAGCAGUGAUGAUAAAUUCAGAUUAAAGCAGAUACAUAGGGCAGGAGGAUGGGUACCUCAGUGGCAUCUCUCAGACCCUGAUGGGCACUGAGAAGUGAUGAUAAAUUCAGAUUAAAACAGAUACAUAGGGCAGGAGGAUGGGUACCUCAGUGGCAUCUCUCAGACCCUGAUGGGCACUGAGCAGUGAUGAGUGAGGAGCCCAUCACUGUCCAGUCCUGCCCAGCACUGGCAGAUCAGUGGCUGUGGCUGUUCAGAGCUGUCCAGCUCACUCCAUGCCAGGCCAGCAGGUGCCAGUGCUGCCCUGGGGAAUGGAGAGGGGCCCUGCUUUGGCUGCCCCAGGUCAGGUGUGCUGAGCCUGCUGUGCUUCAGGGGCCUGGAGCACACGGCCCUGCUGAUGAGGCGCAGUGGGAAUGAAGUCUUUCCUGGCAGCAAAUCCUCGUCUUUUCCUGAGAACACUGUUGGAAGGAUAACACCCACUGCUUUGUCUUAAAAUAGAUUUUAUUCAUAUGAGUGGUGCAUCAUUCAGCUCUUUAUUUUCCCCUCUCUGUUGUUACUGUAGCCCUCCAUCGCUGAAGUACAACACCUUUAAUUUUGAAAUUUCAUAGAACAUACCUGUUAUUUCCAUGUGCUAACCGAACUUCAUGCUUUUGGCUGUUUUCUGAGAGGUUUACGAGCUUUUUUGGAGAGGUUAUUUUGGGUUUUAUUUUGGAAUUUUUUAAUCAGCCACCAAGUUUGGAAGUGUAAUAACUUCUUCUUGUGCUAGCUGCAGCUUCUUUUUCCUUCCUGAGUGGUUUUUUUUUCUCUGAAGGGACCAACACAUAGCACAAUUCAACUUAAAUUUAUAACCCCAUGCAUUCCUCAAGGCAGAAACCUUUUGUGCCUAAUGAUGCAUCUGAGUCUAAGAAUUAUACAUGGAUAAAAUAUUUUGUAGACCAAUUAAAAAAAUCUUAGAUUAACCACAUAAUAAUCACAGAAAAAAAAAAACAUGUAGAUUUGAGACAUGCAAAUUUAAUUCCCUCAACUUACAUUAAGUUGAACUAUUUCAGGUGUGUCGUAAGAGACAAACUCAGUGGAUAUUCAGAAUAAAAGCUUUCCAGGUUCAGUGAGUGGACAGGACUAUAAUUGUGAAUAUAUGCAGUCUUUUAGGGCUACUGAUUUAACAAGUAACUGAGUAAUGGCUUGUAUCACAACCCUAUUAAAAUUCUGCUAGUAAAUCCCCUUCAAGUGCCUCUUUAAAUAGUAUCUGCUACAAGCAUGUGAAAAAUACAGAUUUACCCUACAAAUUGCCAGAUCUCAGGAGCAGCCACAGUGCGCAGAUCUGUUCAGGGUUCUCAGCCCUUUCCUUGCUCUGAAUUGUGCACCCUUUUAGGACAGCCCCAUCUCCAGGAGAGCUGCCUUUGACUCUGGGAAUUUGCUGUCCAGCUCAGGCACCCUAAGUUCUCAAUGCUGAAAAUGGAAUAGAAAAAAUUAGAAUUUAAAAGCAACUGCAUUGAAACUAAUCUUUGGACCCCAUGGUCUCAGUAGAAUAAGCAGGGAAUUCUGCAUAAAAAUAGUAUACAGUGAUGAUUUUGCAUAAUAGAGAUGUUACACUUUAUUGCAUAAAAUUAAUUAAUAAUAAUAAUAAUUUUAAAAGCCCACAACUUUAUUUUUUUUACAGCAGAGAAGGAAUGUUCUAGUCCUGGAAUUCAAAAGCUGAAUGUGAUUUCAGGGAUCUCACAUCUGCUAACAAAAUAAGCAAAGUCAUGUUAAUCCCAGAAUUUGGCAAUGGUUGACCUGAAAUCCCUUUUUCCUUUGGAGGUUUUCAAUGAAAUGGCUGAGAUUAUCAGAAUUGCCUAAGGAAUUUGGAUGUCCAUAUUCUUUUAGGUCAAAAACACUCUUUAGGGACAGCAGCCUCUAUCCAGUAGGAAAACAGCAGGUAUUGGUGUUGGACAAAAAUUCUUUCUUCUCCUUAGAUAAUUCCCUUGUUUUCUGCAACACAAGCAGUGAGAAUUCCCCUGGGCAGUUCUGCAGAUGCUGUAGCAGCAGGGAUUCACAGAUACCAGGCAUACACUAAACCAGAAUUUUCUACCAAAAUUAAGUUGCUUAUUUGGUCCUUUUUGUGUAAGAUUUUCCUAAAUACUUCUAAAUUUCUAGGAAAGUUGUCUUUUGCCAGUACUAAUGACUUGUUUUUACAGAUGCUUAACCAAAAUUUUAUAACUUCCCAUAAAUUUUGGCUGACUAGACCCCUUAAAUAGUUUAUUUAUCACACAGCCUCUGUCUGGGUUACUAGUAAAUCUUGGAUCAUUGUGGAAAUUCUAGGAUGGCUUUUGUUCCCUAAGGAUAGAUGAAGGAAUCACUUACUGAACUUAAGUUGAAUGAAGAAAAGAUUUAAGGGGCAGAUCUUCAGCUUGAAUAAACUGGCAGGGUUCAGUGGAAGCUACUUGAUGUCAGCUGUGGAUCUUGUCCUUCAGUGUUGAAGGCAUUUCCUAUAUGUAAUUUUUCUGUCUUACUGUAAAACAAUUUCAUAUGGUUAAACUGUAUUUUCCUAUAUUGUUCUGCAAGUUUAUAUACACCAUAGUGCUCAUCUCAUCUCCUGUAAAAUAAACUGUACAGAGACACAUUGAGCAUGGAA